UUUGUUUGUCUCUCUUGCUCUGAUCUCAAAAUCCAUGGUUAACUACUUCCUUCUAGGGUUUUCCUGAUUACCUCGAUGAUUUUAGGUUUUCUAUGACGUUCUCUUUACUGAGGCGACGUAUUCGUAUCCUCCACUCGUUUUCGGUUGUGUUUCUGUACUGGUUCUACGUCUUCUCAUGAACUAAUCGCCUUCUUCGUCGCUGUGGAAUUUGAUUGAUCUCUUCUUGCGGUAGCCUGAGUUGUAGAUCGGGAGAUUCAUUUGAUUUUUAUUAGAUUAGAUACUAAAAGAACUUUUUACUCGAGAUUACUUGGUAUUAUUUUGGCGGGAAGUAAUUGAAAGAGAGAAUUAUAUGGCAUCGAUUCCAAGGAAAAGCUCCCCCGGAUCAAAUGGAGGUUUGCAACCUGCCAUUCCUGAUGAGAGGAAGAGGAAGCGGAUGCAAUCCAACAGAGAGUCGGCUCGGAGAUCUCGGAUGAAAAAGCAGAAGCAAGUGGAAGACCUCACGGGGGAGCUGAGCCGAUUACAAAUUGCGAAUAAUCAGCUUCUGCAGAGCAUUGGUGCCAAGGAGCAAGCAUUUGUCCAGGUCGACAACAUGAACAAUGUCCUCAGGGCUCAAGCUAUGGAACUGACCGAUCGUCUGCGAUCCCUGAACUCUGUCCUUCAGAUCGUCGAGGAUGUUAGCGGGCUUGCUAUGGACAUCCCUGAAAUUCCCGAUCCUCUCUUGAAGCCGUGGGAGUUCUCUCGGCCAGCUCUGCCCGUAGCUGACAUGUUCCUGUGUUAGUGAGUCCCUCUUAAAGGGGUUAGAAUCGCCACAUUUGCGAGUCUUUUGUCCAGUGGGGAACCAUGGUCGUUUGUGAAUUUAUUGCAGAUCUUAGGAUUCUGCUCUGUGUCUGUGUUUGCAUGUCAUAUAGUAGUGGUUUUGUAUCUUCUGUUUGAAUUAGUCAAGUAAAUGGAACUUUUAUGUGUUUUUGGUUAUGUAAUGAUACACCAAUACCAUCUAUAUUUGGGGACUUCGUCUGUAU